AUGGCUGUUUUUUCGGUACCACAAGGUAUCGCACUUGCAAGUAUCACAGGGGUACCACCAGUCUACGGGUUAUACACGGCUAUCUUCCCCUCAUUUCUCUAUAUCUUUUUUGGGACUUCGAAACAUAAUGCGUUAGGUGGCUUUGCUGUCCUUUCACUCAUGACCCACGGUGCGAUUGAGAAGGUGAUGUUGAGAACAGCAACAAGUUAUAAUGCAACAGCAUAUGUGAAUCAUACGUUGGAUGAGCUGUUUGACAAAGAAAAUGAUACGAUUAUAACAAACACAACAUUAAUGCAAAUACUUGGAAAUGAAACAUCAUUCGUUGAAGAAGUCACUAUGGAAAUGUGGACCGAAGGUGUCACACCAGUAAAACAAAUCCAUGUGGCUACUACUAUCAUUUUCUUGGCUGGAGUCAUUCAGGUCUUGAUGGGAGUUUUUCGCUUACAAUACCUGACAUCUCUCUUCUCGGAACAGGUAAUGUCAGGUUUUGUUGUUGGUGGAGGUAUACACGUUUUCUUCGCACAAAUCGGCAACAUGCUUGGAAUAGAACUCCCGAGAAGAAGUGGUCCGGGGUAUCUAUACUAUAGAAUUUGGGACCUAAUCGAGAACCUAGACAAUGUACACAUUCCAACCGUUUGCAUUUCAAUGUCAUCAUUCUUGUUCCUUGUUAUCGGAAAAGAGUAUCUUGCACCCUGGCUGAGCUCUGCUUUCAACUAUCCUGUCCCUUAUGAGUUUGUAUUGGUGGUUGUCGGAAUUACUGCAACUAAUUACGCGGAACUGUCUCGGCGGCAUGACGUGAAAGUUGUGGGCAAUAUUCCAACCGAAUUUCCACCACCAUCGCUUCCAAGAUUCGAUUUGAUCCGACAUAUUGGGCUAAACGCUGCUGCAAUUGCUAUAACAGCUGUAGCUAUCCACAUUACUGUAGCGAAGGUUGUAGAGAAACGAUACAAGUACAAAAUUAAUCAUGGACAGGAAUUGUACGCACUCGGAUUUGUUGGUGUGUUGUCUUCGUUCUUUCCAGUUUUCCCGGUGACAUCUGGAUUUGCAAGAAGUGUGGUUGGAGCAGCAGUCGGAGGAUCCACUCAGCUCACGUGUCUAUUUUCAUCGUUAGCUCUUGUAUCAGUAAUCCUGUUUAUCGGUCCUGCACUCAAAUAUCUGCCUCAAUGUAUUCUAUCCGCUAUGAUCAUUUUUGCGCAAAAGGGAAUGCUCGAAAAGUUUGGGGAGUUGAAGAGUCUUUGGCCAGUUUUCAAAAUUGACUUUGCGAUUUGGUUAAUGAGUUUCUUCCUGACAGUAUGUUAUGAUAUGGGUGAAGGUCUUCUUAUGGCUAUUGGUUUUGCAGUUCUGACUACUAUUAUUAGAACUCAACGACCAAAAUGGCACUUCUUGUCAAGAGACGAUGAAACUGAUCAUUUCAAAGAGACGAAAAAGCGGGACCUGGAGCGAAUUCAAGGAAAUGUUUGCAUUUUCCGAAUGGAUGCACCGUUGAUUUUUACGAGCAGUGACAGAUUUACAAUGUCUGUUUGGCAAUGUGUCAAAAAAUGGGAACGAUGUAAAUCCGAAUCGUUUGUGACAAUUGAGCAGAUGAAUUCUGACAGGAGUGCUGACAUUUUUGAAUCGAAACUAAAAUCAGCUCGCCGACGCUGGAAGAGGGACCAGAAGUCGGAUACCCGCUGCAAGUUGGUGAUUGAUUGUGAUGGAUUCCCUUAUGUUGAUUAUCUGGGUCUGUCAACACUGAAAGCUGUGUACGUGGAUUUGAAAGCGGCUGGUGUGCAAUGCUUCUUUGUUGUUCAAAAAUCUGAAUUGAAACGACUUUUCCGUGCGACAGAUUUCUAUGAAGUCGUUGAUGAAUCUCAAGUAUUCAAUAAAGUAGGAGACGCUGUGAAAGCUGCCGAGCAGACUAUUUCAUCACCGAAAAACACCAAAGAAGUCCUGACAGCAUUGUCGAGUAUAGCCACUACUGAUACUAUGUUGAUAGAUGAAGAAGAGAAUGAAGAAGAUGGGGAUCCAGAGGAAAGAGUUACCGAGGAAUCUGAGAAUUCAGAAGAAGUGAUGUCAGAGACAUCGGUGUCUAUUGGUGAAGCCAGAAGCUCUGCAUCGUCAAGGAAUUCUAUCAAUUCAGAAGAAUAA